GGAGCGGUAGGCGAUGCGGGAGUACAAGGUGGUGGUGCUGGGCAGCGGCGGGGUGGGCAAGUCCGCGCUGACGGUCCAGUUCGUCACCGGGACGUUCAUCGAGAAGUACGACCCGACCAUCGAGGACUUCUACAGGAAGGAGAUUGAGGUGGACUCGUCUCCGUCGGUGCUGGAGAUCCUGGACACGGCGGGGACCGAGCAGUUCGCCUCCAUGCGGGACCUUUACAUCAGGAACGGCCAGGGCUUCAUCCUGGUCUACAGCCUGGUGAACCAGCAAAGUUUUCAGGACAUCAAGCCCAUGAGGGACCAGAUCAUCAGGGUCAAGAGGUACCAGCAGGUGCCAGUGGUGCUGGUGGGUAACAAGGUGGACCUGGAGGACGAGAGGGAAGUGUCGCCCAGCGAGGGCCAGGCUCUGGCUGAGGACUGGGGCUGCCCCUUCAUGGAGACGUCGGCCAAAAGCAAGACGAUGGUGGACGAGCUGUUCGCCGAGAUCGUCAGGCAGAUGGACUUCUGCCCUCUGCCUGACCGGAGGGAGACCUGCUGCCCUGCCUGUAGCAUUCAGUAGCAGCCUGAUGGAUGGGGAGGGCUAGAGUAGUCAUUAGCGUGCAAAUGUAUUCAUGUUAGAUGGUUUAAAUGGAGAGCUGGAGAAAAUAUUCGAUAUUUCUACGACUUUCAGCCUUCGCUCUUGAAAAGCAUUGUGGGACAAUGUAGGAAGAUGCUCUCUGAAGCACUUUGGGGUGAGUUCGAUUCAAGCAUUCAUUGCCUCUCAGACGAAAACUGGAUUUUCACUUGAACAACGAAGCAACACUCAACUUCCAGCGUCUCCAUCAGCGUCUGGUUGAUUCAUUUGGAGUGAAAUUCUGGGGUUUCCCUAAAGCGCCGCGGUGCCAAAGCCAUCAACAAAGAGGAUUGUAGCGCUAAAUGCUAUUUGGGAAAGCAGCCAUAGGUUAAAGCAGUUAUGGCAGUGUGCACAGUAGUUUCUACUGACCUCUCUUCCUCCUUUUGCGUUUGUCUUUUUUGCACUUUCAGGACAUAUUAGGCAGUGCAAGACCUUUCACCAAUUUUAAAAGAUAAGUAACACCACUGUGAUGAGUUCAUUUCACAGCAGGACCCGCCUAACCUAACCAAGAAUGAAUGAAAAGAUGCAAGAAUGUCUUUUAAAAAGAGAACCGCACCUUCCGGGGAGGCUCAUGCAGAAGAUCCUAAAUGCUGACCUACUGUGGAUGACGUGUGCAUGAAGCUGUGCUGUCACACUGACACUGAGUACAAUCAGUCUCGUCCAAAGAGGCAGUAUCAGUCAGUCAAACGUGUCGUCCAAACGUUCGGGUACUCGUCUUUUCACACUACGGAUGAUGCAGAUGUUAUUAUACGUGUAUAAGGGAAGCAGAAGUGUCGGCGUGUAUCUCGUCUGUCUAGGUCACAUCAGAUAUGUUAGUGGUUUGAUGUCAGAAACACUUAUUUUCAACAAAAAUAAAACUUUAUGCACAAGCA